AAAUCCACAUGAAAAUUAGGUUAUGUUGAAUUAGAGAAAGAGAAUUUUGUAUACGAAUCAAAAAGAAGUGUGAUGUCAUAUUUUGCAAAAUAAAUCGUGUAAUUUUUUGCUUUAGAAUGUGAGUGGAGCUUUUAAUUUAAAUUAUAAUUGGAUGGAAAUUGAACAAUAACAUUGCAGCAAUGAGUCUCCCACCUGAUACUUCUGCUGAUGCAGAAGAAUCAGAAUUCUUGGAUUUGAAUAGCAGAGUGGAAGAAAUAUCCAACGAGAUAUCAAGUAUGAAAGUCGAUUUGAUGAAUAUAUUGGACAGCAACUAUGCCAAAUUCAAGCCUGUCCUGGAAAGCAAUGGCGGGAUGUUAGAAAAAGCUGAAUGUCUAAGCGAGGAUAUGUCGGUAUUACAGUCCAGGGUAGAAAAUCAGAUCAACCAUGAACUGGCCAACUCGACAGGAAAGCUCCAAAAACUGAAAGACGUUCUUCAAGAAAAAACGCUGAGUCUGGAAAUUGUCGAGCAUCUUCUCUAUCUUCACCAUGGAAUGAUAAACGUCAAACGAGAAGAGGAGAAUUCGUGCUUCGUAGAGUGUAGCCGGAUAAUUAAACUCCUCAAAGACGAUCUAGCCAAUCAAAACUAUGUAAAAAUGUUAGACAUCUAUGUGCCUCUUGAUAACGAAUUGGUCAGACUUUAUAAUCGAAUUGCUAUGAAAACUCUAGAUCAGUGGAAGCCGUUUAUAAAUUGGAUAGAAUUGGAAUCUGCCGAUAGUCGGGAGGUUAAUGGGAUUUCUCUGCAGUUCACGAAAGUUGAAAGCAAUAGUAGUAAGGAGCAACUAGUGCAAGCUUUGAAUAACUUUGAUCUGCUAGCGCUCGAAAUUAAAACUUUCGGCAGCAAGUUUCUCACUCGUGUUUUGGUACCACUGAUUGAGAGCAGUAGGGUAGUUACAGUUUCGGAAAACGGUGAUAUUUUGACUGUGCAUUGUUUUAGGAAAGAUGAACAGGUUGUGAGUUCGUACAAACAGGAUCAAAGUUCGUACAAACCGGGCGAAAGUUCGCACGAACAGAAUGAAAGUUCACACAAACAGCAGUGCCUUCAAGUGUUCAGUAAGUUGACAGUUGUUUUUGAUUUCAUUCAUCGACAUCUGGACAUUGCGAUUGGUGACGGAAUCACUUUCAUCACGGAACUGGGAGAGGUGAUAGGUGAUGAUUUUUGUGAAAGUUUGAACCGGUGCUUGGAUGACGCCAUUCCCAAAUGCCAGAAGGAGUUGGAGUCCUAUAAGGAGGUGGUGGACAGGCUGAUUGAGUUCGAAUCGUUGCUGCAUCAGAAAGGUUUACUAAGCAGAGACAACCACAAGCUUCACGAAUAUGCUGAGAAUAUUGACAUUCUGUUUGCGAACAAAAUCAGUCAAUGCUAUCUAAUGAAAGCCCGAAAUAUCAUGAAGAAGGAUUUGUUCAAUGUUAUGGAAGUGGGAGUUAAACAUGAGGUCAGUGGAGAGAGAAAAAGUAGUACAGUCUUUCUCACUCACAUCAGCCCGAAUACCUUUCAGUUCCCUUAUUGUCAAAUAAGUAAAUCUACGUAUGAACUGAUGCAGCUUAUUGAAGAUAUGUUCCAGGAAUCGGCAAUAGCUUCAUCGGAACUAAUUUUCAGAACUUUAUAUCAUAGAUCAAGACAUAUACUGAGUAUGUACUGUGAUAUUGUGCCGCUGCACCAUAAGAACCUUCUAGAAACGAUUCCUCAGCAAUCAGCCUUUUUCUACAACAAUUGCUGCUACAUCGCGCACAGGCUGGCCACCCUGGGCGUGCAAUACAGGAGCCUGCUGGAAGACGUGGCCAAAGACAAGAUGGAGGCUCAGAAGAUAUUAUUGUUCUGCGAUCUGGUACCCACUCUGCAAGCAACUGGCAUCAAUGUGCUCAAAAACCAGCUCAAUACGCAGAAAAAGAUCUUAAUCGACAUUGUCAGAGAUUCUGGUAUUGUAACAUUGAUGGAACAAAGCCUAGACGACAGUUAUGAGUUCCCUAAAAGCAUAGAAAAAGCUAUCCGGCAGUGUUGUCGGCAGAUAAAGCUCCUACAGAAUGUCUGGCAACAUGUUCUCAAUAACGAUACUUACUGCAAAUCCAUAGGUUACCUUUGCAACGAGUUUGUUGAUGAAUUGACGGAGAGGGUUUGCAGCUUUAGUGAUAUAGCCGAAGACACGGCUGUCGAUUUGGUCUGGGUUUUCAACAUUAUCGUCGAAAAGAUAACUUCGGUCUUUGAAGAGCCGGGGGAAAUCUACCAACACGUCAAGCAGUGGUCAAAGUUCACCGAACUCAUCAAACUACUUGGGUCCAGUCUGAAGGAGGUUGAAGAGAGGUGGGCUGAUGGAAAAGGACCGCUGGCCCAGGAGUUCUCUGUCUCACAGAUUGUGCAUUUGAUCAGAGCUCUCUUCACGGUGUCGACUAGGAGAUCUGCUCUAUUGUCGCGUAUCAAAUAACGUCCUCCCAUAAAAUUCUAUAUAAAAUAUAGAAUCAAAUUGGUGUGUAGUUUUUUAUGGUGGCUACUGUAUUAUCUAUUUAUUUAUUACAUUCUACAAUCACAUUAUCAAAUUGAUGAUUGGGAGAGAAUCAACAGGAUAAAGCCAAAACUGUUUCUAUUGAAUGAAAUUAUCGAACGUGGCUGCUAUACAGAGUCUUUCUAAAUGAUGGACCCAUUUAAAAAUUGGUAUUUAUUAAAGUAAAAAUGCAAAAUAGACAACCUUUAUACCAAUGGAAAGAGAAAGUUUCAAAGUUUUUUCUAAUACCUUACAAGUGUUUAAUGUGGCCUCCGACUGCUGCACUGCAUCUACGCGGUAGCCAAACUCGUCCCACACGCGAGAAAGCGUAUAUGGUGUUAUUGAGUGCACGGCAGCAGUGAUACGGUCCCGCAGAUCGUGCAGCAGCCAGAGGCCACAUUGAACACUUGUAAGGUAUUAAAAAAAACUUUGAAACUUUCUCUUUCCAUUGGUAUAAAAGUUGUCCAUUUUGCAUUUUUACUUUAAUAAAUACCAAUUUUUGAAAAUGGGUCCAUCAUUUAGAAAGACCCUGUACUAUUGAAUGAAAAUAUCGAAGUUCUAGGACACUUAAAUCUAAUGGACCAUUAAACCUAUUGAAAUAGUAAAUUUGUAUAGAUUUUGUUGGUAGGGAAGGUCACACCUCACCUGAAUACAUAAUUUAAGCCGUCAAUGGACCUUAAGACUGUCUUUAUUCUUUAGCGGGGACCAGUAGCGUAAGGGGGGAGUUUCCAGUUUACAACCUCCCUCCCAUGAGCCUGAAAAAGGGGCCCAAAAAUCAAAGAUUACACCCCCCCUCAUCAAAUUCCACUAAAGUCUAUAGGGUGCCCAAAAUUUUUGGUCAACCCCCCCCCCCCAUUUUAAAAUCCUGGCUACGCUACUGGCCUGGACUGACUAAGUUCUAGACUUUAAACAGCUGGAGUCAGAAAAUUGGCUUUCCGAAACGGGGCGUAGUCGUAGUCAUAGUCAAAGUCACGUUUAAAUUAAAUUUCGAAAAACUAGAAAAUUGAACACAAAA